UUAAUCAUCCCAAAGAGUAGUCACACAAUAGAAGGAGAGACAGACAAAGAGAGAGAGAGAGAAGAAGAGAAAGUGUUCUCAAAAUUCUUUAGAUCAAGGGUAUCACAUAGGUGUAUAAGUACAUAUGGGUUGUCAUAGAUUUCUGUGGCCAAAACUAUAGUGUAGCAAAGUUCGAGAAUUUUCUUCUUUUUUUUUUUUCUUUUUUGUUUAAUUAUAUGUCUACAAUUUCAAACUAUUCCUUUCAUAGAAUUAGAGGUUUGAUUCCACCAAUAAUUAGCAUAUAGUGACAUAGUAAACACUAUUUCCUCUUGUCUUAUUAAUUAUUGUCAUCAAUUUUUAUUAUGAUUUAUUUAUUCAUAUAUAUCAUAAUACCCAAUUAAGUAGCUAUUAAGCUAAGCUAUGAUGAUGAUGAUGAAGAUGGUGGAAGAAGAAAGCCAUGGAUCAGAAUGUUCUAAGACAAGAAGCCCUUGCAAUGAUGAUAAUAAUAAUGAAGAUGAUGGCUAUUGUGAAGAAGAGAGUGAAACCAAUAAUGAAGAAGAAGUUGAAGAAGAAGAUGAGAGUAGUUAUAAGAAACAAUACAAGAACAACAAUGGUGGUGGUGGAGGGUGUUCAAGCAACAGCACAGUGGAAGAGAAUAACGAGAAGAAGAGUUCAUCAACAUCAGUAAGACCUUACGUUAGAUCCAAGUUGCCAAGGUUGCGUUGGACCCCUGAUCUUCAUCUUCGAUUUGUUCAUGCUGUUCAAAGACUUGGAGGACAAGAGAGAGCAACACCAAAAUUGGUUCUUCAGUUGAUGAAUAUCAAAGGUUUAAGUAUUGCUCAUGUCAAGAGUCAUUUACAGAUGUACAGGAGCAAGAAGGUAGAGGACACAAAUCAUCAAGUAGUAAUGGCUGAUCAUCAUAGGCUUCUAAUAGAAAAUGGAGAGAGAAAUAAUGUUUAUAAUCUCAGCCAGCUUCCCAUGCUUCAAAGUUAUAGAUAUGGUCAUGGAUAUGGAGUUGCUUCCGCUACUCUUGGUGUCUAUGAAAACAUGGCGCAUAGGAACGCCAAUUUGACUCAUCAUCAUAGCAUUUUUUCUCAUUAUUUUGGGGAACAAUCAUCAAGCCAUCCUCAUCCUCAUCAUCAUCAUCAUCAUGAACAAAAAGAUCAUCAGUUUCUAUCAUUUGGAAAUGGCCAAGGAUCUUUAUGCACGAAUACUAAUAACAAUAGAUUAAUAAGCAGUCACAUUGAAAUGCCUAGAGCUCAAGAUUUCAUGCCUACUAAUACUAAUAAUAAUUUGAAAAGAAAGGCUUCAGAAAAUAGUGAUAUUGAUUUGGACUUGUCUCUUAAAUUAAAUUCAAGGGUGGUUUUUAAUGAUGAGAAGCAAUUAGGAAGAAGAAGCAGCAUGAUGAUGAUGAUGAUGAUGGAGGAAGAAGAACACCAUGAAGUUGUAGUUAAUAGCAAUCUAUCACUCUCUUUGCACUCUCAUCAAUCCUCAUCACCACAAGAUCAUUGUAAUAAGGUGAAAGGUAAAAAGGCCACUACAAAUUUGGAUCUACGAAUCUGAAUGGGACAAAGUUCUAACUGAGAUCUUGAGGUUCCUGUCAGAAAUUAUGUAUUUUGUAACUUACAUUAUAUAAUUUAUCUGACAUAACUA